AUGACCGUGAGAAUGGACGAAAUCCGACAGAUGCUCGAGGAGUCCGGGAAAGACCUGGAGACCAACAAACACAUGCUCGAAGACUUGCGUCGACAACUCGACCAAAAGACGGCCGACAAUCGCAAUCGCAAACGGAGCAACCCUGAAUGCCUCCAUGUGCGGCAGGGCAUCAUCAACGCCUUUGUCGAUAAUAUUCUGCACUCGCCGAGCCCGGCGGAUCGGGUGCCCGUGAAAUGGGGAUGCGGCGACGUCGCGCUGGACGUGUACCUGUACGAGAACCGCAUGCGGACAGACUACGAGGUGUUUAAAGAGCUCUAUGGCGUCGAGGAAUUAGUGAACAGUAACUGUGCCGAGAUCCAGACAGUGUUCGACUACAUGGCGGAAAAGCGCCUCCAGGGGGCCGUGAUGUCUCCUGAUCUCUUUGGAAUCUUUGAAGAUCUGAUACGGUCGUUGCAGGAGAUGGACGAGAUUCCUCGUCGGCUGGAUCCCAGGUCCAAGCUGUCUCGAGCCUGUACGGCGAUCAAGUCGGAACUGGGAGGACCCGACGUCAACAUUUUCAUCCUGUUGGAUGAACUUCGAGCACAGCCGGGAUAUUAUGACCGGCCGGCGAUCUCGCCGUGA